AUGCAAUACAAGAACCUCGUCGCUCUCUCAUCGUUUCUGUCGCUGGCGACAGCUGCACCCAAAGGAUUCCUUUCGAAGCGCGAGGAUGAGAUUACUUGGGGUCCUCUGAUCGGACUAGGCCCUACCGCCGACGGUAUCGAGAUUACCGGUGUUGUCGCAACAAUCUAUCCCGGAAAUAUGCCCAAGACACAAGCUGGUGGACUUUACAACUGGAUUGGCAUCAACAACGAGACCGAAACUGGCGAUCUUGUCCAGGGCAUCGUCGGCUCAUACACUCAUGGAGAGAGCGAAUGCAAGGGCGCAAAAGCAGACUCAUUAUGGUGCAUUUCAGCAGAGGUAUACGGAUGGGACACCAAGCUCAAUGGCUGGAACCAAUAUGUUGGCGAGGAGCGUACAUUGGCUGCCACCCCUGCGGAUGGCAUCACCUUCAACUACACCUUGAUCAACCAGCAGACCGGACUCUGGUACCAGACUGCUCGCAACGCACGCACUGGUGAGCUGUACGCAGAGUACAACAAGACUUCGCCCACCAUGACUAUGGUCAACACUGCUGUCGAGUGCCAGUCAUGCACACCUCCCACAGACGUCCAGUACUGGAAGGACAUCACCAUCAAGCUCUCCGGCGCGGACAAGAACUUCGGCAGCACUCUUUACCAGUCCAACCAUGCAACAAACACAGAUCCCACUACUGCUGACAACGGCAAGAUCUGGAAGAUCCAGAACGUCACUAUCCCUGUUGUUGCUCCCGUCGCCGAUGUAGUUGGAUAA